CAUUUCUCUUCAGAGACAUGGUCAUCGUGAUCCGGCGGUAAAGAGGGCGGGACGAAAAGGGAAAGAGCAGCUCCAUUGGCAUGCUCCGAGGGGUCUCACCAUGGGUCCAUGCCGCCCUCGUCUCGACAGGAUUGGGUGCUGGAAGGGGCCCAAAGAGCGUCGCAUCGCGUGUUCAGACACUGGCCAGGAGGAGGAGCUCGAGCUACUCCGAUGGUCCCAAGAGUUCGGUGCCGGUGGACAAGAACGGGGAGACGCUGGCGCGGAAGCAAGUCAAUGCGCUCAGUUAUGAUCUUGAAUCGGAUGCGCUGACAAAGAUGCUCGCGACGCCUCUGCGGCGGUGCGGGGUGACGCAUGCUGUGCUCCCAAAGGCGCUCAUGUUCCAGCUGAGACCCGACAGGAGGCUGUCGAGCGAUCCAGAAAAAGUGAUGACGGUGCCACUCGUGAGCCUGCGCCCGGGCAAGGUGGGAAAGGAGGUAGCCGACGCCGACGGCGACAUUGACGGCGAGCACCAAGGGAGCAAGGCCGAAGAGGCCAAGCCAGAGCCAAGCAGCUUUGCUUCGGUACAGGAGCCUGAGCAGCAGCCAGCGAUACAAGCAGAUCUUCCACCAAAGCUCUACAAGCAGCGCACGGCCCAGCGUCGGCGCGCACACCGCCGUGCGCUCAUUCGGCGGCGGGGCAAGGAGCUGCUCCAAGCCGUGCGCAUGGCCAAGCAUCGCUGUGCAACAUGCCAGCCACAACAUCGGCCCAAAUAUGCCGCCGAGUAUGAGAGGCUGCAAGAGGCCUACGCGGCAUACAAGCGCGGGCCCGUCCUGGGCGCGGGCCUGCCACGCGCGUCGAAGCUGACGCCCCACGGCAUCGUCUGGCCCGAGGGCGACGACAAGUGGAUGCCAUUCCAGCGCAAGGAAAAGACUGUCUGGAUCGCGCUGGACCAGGCCAUCGUGAGAGAUGCGGUGACGAGGAAAAGAAUCGGGAAACGCUUCGAGUUUGUUUCGUCCGUCAGCCCCACGGGCGAGGAGCUGUGCGAGACGGUUGGGAGGCAGCUGAGGAAGCGGGUGCUGCAGGAGGCCAGGUUUCUGAGGUGGAGAGUCACGUCGGCCAGAGAGCUCGAGACGACGGCGCUGCACGGCUCGACUGCGAUUGUGAGGCGGAUGAAGGCGCUGGGCGCCGAGAGGCUGGCGUAUCGCUCCGGUCGGCUUCACGGUGAAGUGGACGAGUAUGCGGCAUUCAUCGACUUCGGUGGUCAGCUUCAGCGCGACCGAACAGCAACGAGAGGGGUACUGGACUUUUCAGCGAAGGGCCUCUUUGGAAGCGAUCAUGAGGCAGAAGAGGAAAGGGGCGAGCUGGUCAAGGAAUUGGGCGAGAUUGCAGCAGUGUGGAACAAGCGCAUCAGGAGGGAAAAGAAAAAGCAGCAGCAGCAGCAGCAGCGGGACGAGAGUGUCGAAGCGCCUGAUUCAAGCAAGUGCAAGAAUAGAAAGGCAGAGGGGCUAGAGGAGGGCAUUCAGAAGAACAAGGAAGCAGAAGAGAACAGCAAGAGGGGUGAAAGGGUGCACGUCGUUCGUAGGCACCCUUGGACUACGGAUCUCGUUGCUUCGCUCUGGCGUCUGCAAAAGUGGAACGAGAGUGCCGGAGCAGAUGCGGUCGAGCGAGGCCUUUCGUCUGGGCCGCCAAAGGCUGCCGUGCGGCGGGGAGAUAAGGACAAAGGAGGAGUCGACGAGGACAGAGAAGAGAGCGAUAGUGUUUGAUGUGAACGUCUUGUUCUGCAGCAUGUACUGUACUUCUAGCAUUGCCAUUUCUAUCAAAGAAGCAGUCU